CCCCAGCCCCUCCCCCCCCACCGCCCCCACCACCCCCACCUCCUCCCCCCCCACCCGGCGUUGGCUGGUCCGGCCAAUCAGAGGGCUCGCCUCGGCAGCCAAUGGGAAAGGCACAACUGCAGCCCACCAGCAGGAGGCCCGAGAGACCCAAGAUGGCCGAGAUGGACCCCCUGAGCUGCAUGCUGGCGGAGAUGAAGAGCAGCUCACCGUUCCUGCUACGCAGGAUGAGGGCAGCUGAGGUUGGGGGUGAUGACCCCUCGGUGCUGAGGUCAACGGAGGUCACCGCCGCCCCCAUCCCUCCCUGGGUGGCCCCUCCCCUCAAGGCGGGGGGCGGGGCCACCGCCCCCCCCACUGCGCUCCGGCAAUUCCCCUCCCACGAUCCGGCUCCUCGCUCCGUGAGUCCGUGCCGGGCUUUGGCGACUUCCGGACAGCAACAGCGGGCUCCGGCUCCGGCUCCGGCUCCGUUUCUGGCUCCGGCUCCUCCGGCUCCGGCUCCGGCUCCGUUCCGGGCUCCGGCUCCGGUGCGCACGGCAGCUCCGUUCGUGGCUCCGGCUCCGUUCGUGGCUCCGGCUCCGGCUCCGUUUGUGGUUCAAGCUCCGGCUCCGGCUCCGGCUCCGUUCGUGGCUCCGGCUCCGGCUCCGUUUGUGGUUCAAGCUCCGGCUCCGGCUCCGGCUCCGGCUCCGGCUCCGAUCCAAAUCCCGGCCCAGUCUCUGGCCCAGGCUCAGACGGCGAUCCGGGGUUUCGUCGGAGCCGCCCAGUCUGGAGCUCCGGGCCAGGUUUCCGGGAAGACCUGGGCCUCCUCCACAGCCUCAGCAACCGCUCCCGCUCCGGCCCUCACUGCUCCGGGCCAGGUUUCCGGGAAGACCUGGGUCUCCUCCACAGCCUCGGCAACCGCUCCGGCUCCCGCGUCGGCUCCGGUCGGCGCUCCGGGCCAGGUUUCCGGGAAGACCUGGGCCUCCUCCACAGCCUCAGCAGCCGCUCCGGCUCCCGCUCUGGCCAUCGCCGCUCCGGGCCAGGUUUCCGGGAAGACCUGGGCCUCCCCAGCCUCAGCAACCGCUCCGGCUCCGGUCGGCGCUCCGGGCCAGGUUUCCGGGAAGACCUGGGUCUCCCCAGCCUCAGCAGCCGCUCCGGCUCCCGCUCCGGCCCUCGCCGCUCCGGGCCAGGUUUCUGGGAAGACCUGGACCUCCCCCACAGCCUCAGCGACUGCUCCGGCUCCGGUCGGCGCUCCGGGCCAGGUUUCCGGGAAGACCUGGGCCUCCUCCACAGCCUCCCCUCCUCCUGGUUACAGCAGCAGCCCGGCUCCGGCUCCGGCUCCUCCGGCUCCAGCUCCUGCGGCUCCGGCUCCUGCGCUCCACUCCGGGGUUUACCGGCCGCCGGCUCCCUCGGCCGGUGGUGGUAGCUCCGCCAAGGGUGCGACCCCGCCCCCUGCCCAGCCGAGCCAAUCACAGCCCAGCACGGAGACUCAGGAGGAGCCAAUGGGAAAGCUCGCUGAGGGGACGUGUGGAGGCUGUGGGUUGCUCCUGGGUGGCCGUCAGUGUGAGUUCCUCGGCCAACGCUUCCACUUGGGCUGUUUCGUUUGCUCCGUCUGCCACCGUGGCCUCCACGACUGUGAAUUCUACGCCCGCAGAGACUGCUACUACUGCGACAGCUGCUACCUGGCUCAGCUCGAGGUGUGCGUGUCGUGUGGUGAGCUGGUGAGGGAGCGAGUGGUGAGGGCCGGUGAGUUUCCCUUCCAUCCCCACUGCCUCGUCUGCUCCGAGUGCGGUGCCUCUCUGCUGGACCAAGCCAUCGCGAUGGCUCCCAGCUCCGGCGAGCCAUCGAUCACCACAACAACAACAACACCACCACCACCGCCACGUCCGCUAUGUCUCCCCGAUUAUCACCGGCUCUACUCGCCACGCUGUGCUGGUUGCCAUGAGCCGAUCGCUCCGUCGCCAGGCCAGGAGAAGUCUCUCCACCUCGUGAUCCUGGACAAACACUUCCAUCCUCACUGCUUCUGUUGCCAGGACUGUGGACUCCAACUCUCAUCCGCCCCGGACCGUGGCUGCUUCCCAGUGGGGGAAUGCAUCUACUGCUUCACGUGUGCUCGCAAACACACGGGGCAAUGAGUUAGCCUCUCACUCACUCAACCACUCAGCCACUCACUCAGCCACUCAGCCACUCAGCCACUCACACACUCACUCAACCACUCACUCACUCAGCC